AAUCAGAUUGUUGGAUCGGUCAGGUUGAGAUCAUGGCCCGGCCGGACAGACGACUUCUUAUGGCCAUCUCGCCUCGCUGUCGUGGUGGCCGACGACUGCAGCACUGCCAUCUGUGCGAAUUCAGCUGGGAGGAGACACGACAUCAUCGACGUCUCCGUUCGU